GAAACCACACAGAAGAAGUCCUUCUGAAACUGUUGUCGAGCAUCUGAAGGACAUCGUUUUAACACAUUUAUUAUAAUUUAGUCAAAUUAAAUCAUGUCUUCAACAAAAGAGAUUUUACAGAUGGAUCUUUACGCGUUGUUGGGUGUUGAAUCGAAAGCCACAGAGAAACAGAUCAAGAAAGCGUACAGACAGAGAGCGUUGUCAUGCCACCCUGAUAAAAACCCAGACAAUCCCAAAGCUGCUGAGCUCUUCCACCAGCUGUCUCAAGCUCUUGAAGUGUUGACUGAUGCAGCUGCCAAGGCUGCUUACGACAAGGUCCGUGCGGCUAAAAAGCAAGCUGAGGAGAGAAACCGAAAACUCGACGACAAGAGGAAGAAGAUUAAACUUGAUUUGGAGGCGCGUGAGAAAUGGGCAGAGACUCAGAAAUCCGAGGAUGUUAAAAUCACCCGCACGUUAGAAGAAGAGAUCGCUCGUCUCAGGGAGGAGGGUUCGAGAGAGCUUCAGGAGCAACAGAGACUCAUACAAGAACAGAUCGAGAGAGAGAAAGAGGGGAGACUAAACUCAUUUGAUGAACACACAGGAGCUCAGGGCAAUGGUGAUGUCACUCCUAAAUUGAAGCUGAAGUGGAAGUGUAAAAAAGACGACGCCAGUAAUGCGGGUUAUUCUCACGAAUGUCUUCAAAACCUCUUUCAAAAGUACGGGGACGUUUUGAACAUUUUGAUAUCCAGUAAGAAGAGAGGCAGUGCUGUGGUGGAGUUUGUGUCAGCAAAAGCAGCUGAUCUGGCAUUUAAAAACGAGAGAGGUCUGACGGGAAACCCUUUGAAAAUCACAUGGCUAGAAGGUCAACCUGUCCAAGCGUCACACGUUCAGACCGCCACAAGCAUUUUCACCCCUUCACAGAGUUCCCUACGCAGUGAGCGAGAUUACGAGAGUGUAGUGCUGAUGCGACUGAGACAGGCCGAAGAGAGGAAGAAACUGAUAGAGCAGAUGAAGAGAGAGGAAGAAGAGGAGACAGCGUGACAUCACACGACACACACACUGACUUUAGUUUCAUAAAGCCAGUCUUUACCAUAAUUUUGCUUCUUACCUUUGAUUUUACUGUAAUAAACACUCACAGAUCAAUAAAGAAUUUUUGGGAGAAACAUUUGUACACAUCUAAAUGAUUCAUAAUACCAACUUUCAUUUGCAAUUAGCACUUAUCAUGCAAUGAGUGGAGAUUUAUAAAUGUGAUAAAAGUCCACGUGGGUUGGUGGUUUUGAUUAUGUGGCUCAUUCUAUAAUUUAGGGUACAUUCAAUGUCCAUUGAUGAUCAUUAUAUACUUUCUAACCAUUUUCUUCAGAAAUAUCCCAUGUUAUCCAUUAAGGGAAAGCAUGUUAUAAUAUCACACAAAUGUUUUGUGCACCCCACGUUUCAUUUUGCUUGAAAUUGCCAUGUUGUUUCUUAAUUGCCAGUUUUUGCAUUGUCCGUUUUUGGAAGUGAGUGGGUCUUAAGUUAAAAAAUAAUGAAUAAAAAUGUGUUAAAGUCAA